AUGUUGACCUCCCGUCCAAUCUCAAGAAACAAUGACCUCAUUGGGCACCGACAAAUGCUUUCCAAGACUCCCGGGCGCGUUAUGCAUCAGAACGAAAACGCGAACAGAGGCCCAGCGACUGUUCAUGGGAAAGGCAAGAACACACUCCUGCAGACACCAUUUAAUGGAGGGAAGUUCAACAAGGAAGGAACGCAGGGCAAACAAGCACCAUCGCGACCACUUGUUGACAAAACGCCUUUUCCAAAUCGCACAGAUGUACAGUUCCAAACACCCUAUACCUUCAGUUUUGAUAAGCUUUCGUCGCCCGAUUCAAUUCUUCGACCAAGCUCCCUCAGGCGGCACGUUCGCGUUCCCAGAAGUGCGACAAAGAGCUUCGAAACGCCCAUCAACACGGGAAAUCCUUGGCAGUGCGAUGUGAGCAUAGGAUCUCCCGAACUUGUGGUACAACAGUUAGUGCUGGAGGAUGAUCUGGAUGAAGUUGAGUACAUGGCGCCCAAUACCCUAGACAUGCCCUAUGUCCCGCCGUUCGGUUUUGACUUCCCUGAUUAUAAGUCCGUUGGAAAGACACUUCUUGAGAUUGCUCGUGGGCCACCCUACGAAAACGAGCCUCCGCCACUGCCAGAGGUAAAGGAUGAUGAACUGGGCAUGUCAGCGUGGGAUAGGUUGUUACCUCUUCCAGACCUUGAAGAUGACGGUCCAAAGAGGGUUAUACGCAAGGACAUCCACCCUAAGCCUAAUUCGACGUCUGCACGAACCACACCAACACGAACUGUAGGAAAGACAGUGUCUGCAACCAAAUCUACUCCUAAUCCCUCUUCUCGUACUGGUACAGCAGUAUCUACCAAACUUAAGCCGAUCACUUUUGCCAACAAAGCAACGUCGCGCCCCGCCACUGCUACUUCUCUUCGUCAGCCAGUGGUUCCUAUGAAGAGCUCACGGCCAGCAACAUCCCAGUCUGUGACUACAGCAUCGAUGCGUUCAAGAGUCGUUCCAAUGCGACCCACUUCGGGUACACAGUCGCGGGUCGUGCAGAAGCCGGCGGCUCUUCUUAAGCACGCAUCUUCGGCUACAAACACCAAGCGAACGGUGAAAAAGCCUGCAGAAGACCCCUUGGUCGUGAAGUUGGAGCAAGACUUGGAAGAUUUUAUGUUUGCGGUGUAA